UUAGAUCAGACUUUUCACUGAGCAACUGAAGAAAAUGUUUCACGUGUUCGUUUUGUUCUGUUUGUGCUGGUGGCGCCUGAUUGGUGUGUUUGGUGAGUCGGUGUCAGUGACGGAGGGAGAUUCUGUUACUUUAAAAACGAAUGUUACUGAAAUACGUGAAGGCGAUGAUGUACUGUGGAAAUUUGGAGCUGGAAAGUCUCAAAUAGCUAAAAUGAAGAAAAAGAAACAAAUCUUCUCCACAUAUAAUGAUACUGACGGGAGAUUCAGAGACAGACUGAGGCUGGACGAUCAAACUGGAUCUCUGAUCAUCACAAACAUCACAACUCAACAUGCUGGAGUUUAUCAACUAGAGAUUAGUGGAGAGAAACUGUCAUCAAAAACAUUCAAUGUUUCUGUCUAUGCUCGUCUGCCUGUUCCUGUCAUCAGCAGUAACUCUUCACACUGUUCUUCAUCAUCAUCAUCAUCAUCAUCACAGCAGAAUUGUUCAUUGGUGUGUUCAGUGGUGAAUGUGGGUCAUGUGACUCUCUCCUGGUACAAAGGAAACAGUUUAUUGUCCAGCAUCAGUGUGUCUGAUCUCAGCAUCAGUCUCUCUCUACCUCUGGAGGUGGAAUAUCAGGAUAAAAACAGCUACAGCUGUGUGCUCAACAAUCCCAUCAGCAACCAGACUCAACAUCUGGACAUCAGCAAACUCUGUCACACAUGUUCAGAACAGGGCCUACCUUUAUUGUACACAGUGUUGAUUUCUGCUGCUGGAUCUCUGUUGAUUGUAGCUGCAAUCGUGAUCUUCUGCAUCUGCAAGAAAUGUAGAAAAACAGGUCAGAAUUAAAGCCUAUGUUGAAAUAUUUAUCUCUAAGGCAUACAUUUCAAUACAAGAUUGAAAGCUUUGUGUUUUAACAUGACUUUGUUUAUUGUUAAUGCAGUCGUGAUCCAGGAGAUAUACAGAACUGAUU